GUUCUUGUUGGGACUUGUGGUGUUUUGAAUCUAUUCGAUAGUACAGACAGUAGCAACUGCUCUCCUCCAUGAGCCUCUAUCUCCAUCUUGUCCAUUUUGGAUUUUGAGAUACAUCACCAUUGCAAUCGUCCAAAAAAACCCCACCAUUGAUUAAUCACAUCCCAGUCUGAUUCCAAUAACCUGUCAAACCGAGUCCAGUAUUGAUAUCACUGUCGCCCUCACUCACCUUUCUCUGUCCUCCAUCGAUCUCGCGGCGGCCUUCUGCCAUUUCGCUCUCUCGAAUCACCCUGCGCCCGCCUUUUUAGACCCUCUCAAUACCAUCCGUUCAACUCCGUCCUGCUCGGAUCGCUAUACACAGUUUCAGAUAUCCAGACCUUGGAACAUUCAGCCUCCAACCUCAAGUCGAUCACAAAUUCUUCAUGUCCUCGAUCUACUAGCCGCCGCCCGCAUGGUUGGGUAUCCUCUUUGGCCCGCGAAUCACAUCCUUUAUCCCGAUACACGCUGCGCACAAUCCUUUCACUGGAAGACUUAGAAAAGCCGCCGCCACCGAAGCGCAGCCGGCAGACUUCUGUCCCUCCUUGGUGUCAACCAUAGAUUUAGGUGCAUAGCGGCAAGAGAAAGGAGUAAACAGAGGGAACGUCAGCAUUCUUAUAACAAGAGUCACUCGUGGUAGUGCUGUGGUCCGAAGCCCGAUCAGAUCGCAUCCCACCGCCCAAGGUCCACUCAUCGUCGUCAGCGACGGUGCCAGCCCAAGACUGCCACUUGGUGCCCAUCUAUCUGCGGCCACUACUAGGCCCUAAACGCGCCAGGCCAGCUGCGCUCAUUGCGGCUGCCCGCCCCGAGUCUAUUCACUUUCCCAAUUCUAAUUCAGAUCAUUACAAUCCUUCACAAUUUCACACCGAUCGCAAGCUGGCCCUGCAAAGGGACCAGUCUCUGUCCACCCCAACACACUGUUGGCCGCGAACGCAGCUGUGUACGCCAUGAUGAACGGUACUGACAUCAAAAACGCCGUUCUCAAUCCUGCGAAGAAAGUUGCGACCACUGCAGCGCUCGCUGCAAACAACAGUAACGGCCAGAAGAAACGACGGAAAGGGGACAAUCUCAAGCCCAUAAUCACCACUGAGAACGCGUCCUCUUCUCUUCACGAGAGCCCCACUCAGGUCGAAGCAGAAACCAUGAUUUCUCCUCUACCACACAGCAAAGUCUCAUCAAACAAUAACUCACAAUCUCACAGAUCACCCUCAUCAUCCACGUCCGAGGAGGACCCCGCCGAAACCACGGCCGACGAAGAGGAUUCAGAAGACUACUGCAAGGGUGGUUACCAUCCUGUGCAUGUAGGGGAGACAUACAACAAUGGUAGAUAUGUUGUGGUGCGAAAACUUGGAUGGGGUCAUUUUUCAACCGUCUGGCUUUCAAGAGAUACAACCACUGGUAAACAUGUCGCCUUAAAAGUCGUCAGAUCGGCUGCGCAUUACACAGAGACCGCUAUCGAUGAAAUCAAACUUCUAAAUAAGGUCAAUCAGGCCAACCCUAGCCAUCCUGGUCGCCGAUACGUCGUCAGCCUUCUCGACUCCUUCGAACACAAGGGCCCGAACGGCGUGCAUGUAUGCAUGGUUUUUGAAGUCUUGGGAGAGAACUUGCUCGGUCUGAUUAAGAGAUGGAACCAUCGUGGAAUCCCGAUGCCCUUGGUCAAACAAAUCACCAAACAGGUCUUGCUGGGUCUGGAUUAUUUACAUCGCGAAUGUGGUAUUAUUCAUACCGACCUGAAGCCAGAAAACGUCUUGAUUGAGAUCGGCGAUGUCGAACAGAUCGUCAAGGCUUUUGUAAAGGAUGAAAAGGAUUCUACAAAAGACGACAACCGGAACGGCCGCAGACGAAGGCGAACUCUGAUCACUGGUAGCCAACCUCUACCCAGCCCAUUGAAUGCGAGCUUUACGAAUUUAGAUAAAUUAGGCAACACGCACCAUCACCAAGCGAGCAGCCUGAAUCAAGUCAUCAACGAUUCGGUUGCCAACAAGUCAACAGAGGGGUUGUCAAUGAUCGAGCAACUGAAGCUAAGGUCGCAAGACGGGAAGGACAGCGAAGAGUCAUCCAAGACCAGGGAAGGGACAGCCGAUCCACUUGAGAAGGACCUGGCCGGUGUUUCGCUUGACAAUAAGAAAAUUAGCGAUGCGGAGAAAGUGUUGAAGGCCGCAAAGAAUGAAGACGAGCCAGCAAGCGAGAUAAUUUCGGUUAAGAUAGCGGAUCUGGGGAACGCCUGCUGGGUCAAUCAUCACUUCACGAAUGACAUUCAAACGAGGCAGUAUCGGUCACCGGAGGUGAUACUGGGUGCGAAAUGGGGUGCGAGUACAGAUGUGUGGAGUAUGGCAUGCAUGGUGUUUGAGUUGAUCACUGGUGAUUACUUAUUCGACCCUCAAUCCGGUACAAAGUACGGGAAAGACGACGAUCAUAUUGCACAGAUCAUCGAGCUUCUCGGGCCAUUCCCCAAGUCCCUGUGUCUCUCUGGCAAAUGGUCACAGGAGAUCUUUAGCCGCAAAGGGGAACUCCGUAACAUCCACCGCUUACGACACUGGGCCUUACCUGACGUGCUUCGAGAAAAGUAUCACUUCUCAGUGGAAGAUUCCAAAAAGAUCAGCGAGUUUUUGUUACCGAUGCUCCAGUUGCCGCCAGAAGCACGAGCGAAUGCUGGUGGCAUGGCGAAUUCUGAAUUCAUGCAAGGCACAAAGGGAAUGGAGACUGUAACUGUUGAUGUUACGGUGGGUAGCAAAGGUGACGGCAUUGAUGGUUGGGCAACGGAGAUCAAGAAACGAUGAUAUGUGUGAAGGUAUUUGGUCACGCUUUUUUUGGGCCAGGUUCUUGUGAAUGAAUGAUAAGAGUCUGUCCUGGAACACUGGGCAAAAUGCAAUCUUUGUCAUUCAAAUACCAGGUACAGACACAUAUGGAAUAGAAUGACUUUGAUGAAACGUUUGGACAUGUCGUUAUGUUAUGUUGUGUUCUACCGCGUGCUGUCACCUUGAAUACGUCUACGUUAUGGGUCGGUGUGUUGUUAGGUGUUUGGUAUUGGAUGGCGAUCUCGAUGUGGUUUGCUUUGUGAUGGGACCCUGGAGUCGACAGAUUGAGACUUAAUGAAUGACUUGUUGGCCUACUAUGCAGCAAGAGGGCGGACAUGAUGAAACAUGAUUACAACAGUAAGAUACCUAGGUAUCUAUGCCUACCUAGAUGGUAAUUUGAGUAUGGAAUCUUCGUUCGACACUUUUAGAUCUCCGCUGCACUCGAUCCAGUCUCGAUUGAACUCCAAAAUCCAUUCCAUACCUAU